UUUAACCUUUUACUCUCUCUUUCUCUACACUUUACAUAUAUAAUAAAUAAAUAAAAAAAUGAAAUUCGCAGUUUUAGGAUUCAUCGCAGCUUUAGUCGCUUCUGUAUCAGCUCAAGUUAUUAAUAACGCUUCUUCGCUUCCUCCUGUUGCUGUUGCUGCUCCCACUACUGCUUCUGUGGUCAUUCCUACUCCAUCUGCAGUUUCUGCUUGUGCUGUUCAAAGCACUUUCGAAUUAUGUUUGCAUAAUGAAGAUAAUUACAUUAAGACCUGUCAGGAACAAGAUUUUGCAUGUUUAUGUAGAUGGAAUAAGGAGAAAUUGACUUGUUGGAAUAACUGUCCCAAUGAUGAAGGUUUCCCUAGACAAGAAGGAUUAGUUUCAAGCCUUUGUUCAAUGCCUGGUGCCAACGUAUCAAUUGCUCCAUGGACAAGUACUAUUGCUUCUACCUCCACACCAAUUGUUCAAACCAGCAUUGUCGCAACCUCCGCUUCUACUGCAACAACAACCCCUACAAAUACACACUCGGCUGCUUCUGCUUUGGCAGUUAGUCAAGGAGUUCUCUUUGUAGUAGGCUCUUUUGCUGCUUAUAUACUAUUCUAAUCUAAUCAUCUGGCUAAUUGAUAUCAAAAGAGAAUGGAAAAAAAAAUAUUUACAAACAAUACCAACAACAACAAAAAAAUGACAUUUCUAAUGAUAAUAAUACCC